CCUCCGUUUGCUCUUCAUUUUCCAUCAUUUUCCUUUAGAAUCUCUUUUCUCUAUGUCCUUUUUUCUCUGGUUUUUGGAAUGAAAGAGAAAAAUGGGAACUCUGAGGUUUGUGUGGGGGUCAAGAUUAUAUGCUUAUAAUUUCAUGUUUUAUAAAAUUUAAUCAAAUCUUCUUUGAUUUUCUUUUUCAAAUUUGGUUUGUUCUCAAUGGCAAAAGCUGAGGAAAUUGGAAAGAAAGAAACCCAACAAAACAUUUCCAUGCAACUGGCCAAUCUUCCAAGAGAUCUACUUCAAAGGCUCAUGUCGUCAAGCAACCGUUUUUCUCACAAAAGUCAUGUAGAAGAGGAAAAUGGUGAAGAAGAAGAAGAGAUUGAGUUGAGCUUGGGGCUUUCGUUGAAUGGUCGUUUUGGGGUCGACCCUAGAGCUAAAAAACUCACUAGAUCAUCUUCAAUACCAGAUUUCAUCAACAACUCAACGAGAAAGGACACUAAUGAAUCUUCUUCUUCUUCUAUGUUCCCCAUGGCUUGUGGUUCCCUUGUGAGGACAUGUUCCUUGCCUACAGAGACAGAGGAAGAGUGGAGGAAAAGGAAGGAGCUGCAAAGUCUAAGGAGAAUGGAAGCUAAAAGAAAGAGAUCAGAGAAACAGAAGAAUUUGAAAGCUGUAAGGGAUAGGAAUAGAGCUGGUUUUGGCGAAGAGAAUUGUGCAGAAGAUAAGAGAGAAGAGGCUGGUAAUGGAGCUAGUUGGGUGAAUGGUAGUAGAGGACCUUGUGAAGGAGUAGCUGCUUCACAGGGCUCAAUCGGAUCUCAAGGAAGUGUUUCCUCGGGGAUAUCAGAACUUGAUAGCCAAUCAGCUCAAGGAACUAACAAAUGUGCCGAAGCAAGAAGCCCUGCUAGUGAGCAAUCUGCAGCAGAAACUGAGCAGAAACCGAUGAUCAUCCCUGGAAGAAUCUUGAGUGAGAAAUCAGAAAAGUUAGCUGGAGUUGCGACAGAGAAUAAACCUAGUCAACCAGCAGUAGUGGAAAAGAGGUUUAAGGAAGUGGUGAGGAACAUUUUGGAGGAUAUGCCUUGUGUGUCAACAACAGGAGGGCCCAAUGGGAAACGAAUAGAGGCUUUCUUUACAGAUAUAGGAAGGUGGGAGGUGAGAAUAGUGUGCGUUUGCCAUGGCAGCUUCCUCUCCCCAGCCGAGUUUGUGAAGCAUGCUGGUGGCGGUGAUGUAGCACACCCACUAAAGCAUAUAGUUGUUAACCCUUCGUUCCUUUUCUAAUGCAAAUCCAUGAAAAGGAGGAAUGCAGAGAAAAGGUUGACGAAUUUUCAGCUUUAUUGAUUUCAGAAUCUCUUUUCUUUUAUUCUGGACUAGGCUAUUAUUAACGUGUUAAGUAAAUGAAGCUUCGCUUUGGAAAAUUAAGAUGGAUGCAUCAUUUUCUUCUCAAGACAUCUGAAGCUUCCAAUAGCAUCACAUGCUCAGUGAAAGGAAUCCUCGGAUCUCCUUCAUGGGACAUCAGAAUGAGCAAAGUCAUCCAUGGAAAGAGGAUGGAUUUUGCCAAAUUAUUAAUUGAAUUUUUUGAAAGGAAGAAAGAAAAAUGGAAUGUUUCAAAUCCAUUCACGAGUUGAAGGAACAACCAUUUAAAGGAGUGUCUCAGAAAUACAACUGAAAAUGGGAAUGAUGUGAUGGGUGUGCUGCUGAAUUUGAUUGCUCCAUCUCGUUGCACUAUGCCGUGAUGCCAUUAUGUAACACAGAAUUCUCACAAAACAAAUCCCGAGCUUCAUAUUCCCAUAAA